AUGAUCGAGUCGUUGACGGAUUACUUCAGCUCGUUGACAUCCCGCAAGCCCUCUGCUUGUUGCGAUGGAGGAAACAAGAGGAAUAUCUGCUUUGCGACGCCUGAAGAGGCCAUGAAAGUGGCCAAGGAGAAAGUGAUCUUUGUGACUUGUAUCAAUACCAGAGAGGAUAAGAAACCGGACGCGCUGAUGGCCGUGGAUGUGGAUCCGGAGAGCAAGACUUAUUGUCAAGUAAGUGGGAGUAGCUGAUUGAGUCAUCAUUACUGGUAGAUUAAUCAUAGUAGUGAUGACACGUUCUUAGCAGUGGCGGACCUGAUCCAUUGGCAAAAUACGUACCAUUUUGGAUCCGGGAAGUGUCAAAAAUGCAGCAAAAUACCUCCCUCUCCAAGUGAAAAAACUCAGAUUUCACAGUCAAAAUUGUGAAAAGCGCGACCACUCUUUUUUUGAGUAAAAGGGCGCGCAUUUCAAAACGGAAUUCUUUUUUAUUGUAGUGGGAGGUAUUUUGCCACAUCUUUCAUACUUCUCGGAUGCAAAAUUAUACGUUUUUUGCCAGGUCCCUCACUGCAUUCUUUUUUAAGCUUGAAGCUGAAGGGAACAAUCAAGAGAUUGAAUUUUUGUUUUCCAGAUCCUCUGCAGACUCCCCAUGCCUUCCGUGAACGAUGAAAUCCACCACUCUGGUUGGAAUGCCUGUGCUGGCUGUGUGUAUGACACCUCAGCCUGCCGUACUCACCUCUUGUUGCCUUGCCUCCAUUCCUCAAACCUCUAUGUAAUCGAUACUGCCGAUCCAAAGGACCUCAAAAUCCACAAAGUAAAUUUUGAUAGCAAAAUAAGCCUUUGCUGAACCACGUAUUCUAAAUACAACGAAAAUUUUUUUGAUGCGGUUAUUUUAGACUAUUACCCACAAAGACAUAUCUCAUUUGAAUGUAUCUUUUCUCCAUACCACUCACUGCAUGCCCUCGGGCGAUGUGAUGAUCAGCACGUUGGGAGAUAACGAAGGAAACCGUAAAUGUAUGGUUUGGCUUUUCGAAUUUCACAAAACUCUCUCUUAGGCGACAUGAUUUUAUUGGACAGCAAGACCUUCGAAGUCAAGAGAAGCUGGUGUAAGGUACCGAGCAACGUUCCAGCGCCUAAAUUCCAUUAUGAUUUUUGGUAUCAACCCAAGUUUAACGUUCUCUUGUCCACGGAGUGGGGUACUCCGAAUAACAUCAAGAAGGGAUUCAACCCGGCCGAUGUUAGUGCUGGUAAGAAAUUUUUUGCUUUUUAAGGGUUUUACAAGUCAUCAAAAACUUCUCUUCAUAAUUUUCUACAAGCUAUAAAAAUGUAGCUUCACUUCCAAACAAAAAUUGGCAUUAUUUUACAUUCCAGGCUUUUACGGCAAUGCUGUUCAUGUCUGGGAAUACACGACCGGAAAGCUGCUGCAGACUAUUACCUUCCACGGAGAUACUGGCUAUAUGCCUUUGGAGGUUCGCUUCAAACAUUCGCCAGAUCAGCCGCACGCUUUUGUUGGAACUGCCCUGGGAACUGCAAUUUACCAUAUUUAUAAGGAAAAUGUAAGUGAAAUCAUUACUACGGUUACAUCCGAAGGAAAUUCUAGUAUAACCGGCUAUUUUUAUGACUAUUCUGGUUUGGAAUUUUUAGUUUUUUUUGGUUUUUUUUUAAUUUCAAAUUCCGACCAAUUAUUAACGCCUCAAUUUUUACAUCCCAUUACUCCCAAUUUUUUAGAGCCUCGAUCCUUGGCAACAUGAACUUUCCGUGGCCAUCCCAGCCAAAGAAGUUGAAGGCUGGGCUCUCCCGAAGAUGCCUGGUUUGGUGACUGAUAUCAUCAUGUCAAUGGAUGAUAAGUUCCUCUAUGUUUCCCUCUGGCUCUUUGGAGAAGUUCGCCAAUAUAAUAUCGAGGACCCAUUCAAGAUCAAGUUGACUGCAACUGCCUUCAUUGGAGGGUUGAUUACUACCGAAAGUGAGGUCAAAGUUACUCAUGAUCCGGAAAAGGGGGUAAGUUGGUGGCUUCUCUGAUUGAGUCAGUGGUAAAUCAGAGGCUAACUAAUUUAUUUCCAGGAGCGCCAACCUCCAUUGAGAAUCCAACACAAGAAGAUCGAAGGAGGACCUCAAAUGAUGCAGUUGAGCUUGGAUGGAAAGAGAUUGUAUGUCACCAAUUCGCUGUAUUCGGUCUGGGACAAGGGAUUCUAUCCGGAAAUGUCCAAGUAAGUCUAUUUAUUGCCUCCUCGCAGAAAGUUUUCCCAAAAUAUCCAUUUUUUGUGAUCGUAUGUUUUCUUUUUUCAAUUUCAGAAACGGCGGUCAGAUGGUCAAGAUUGACGUGGAUACAGUGAAUGGUGGAAUGCAGGUGGAUCCUCAGUUUCUGAUCGAUUUUGGAAAAGUUGAGGAUGGUCCCUAUUGUCCGCAUGAGAUGAGAUACCCCGGAGGCGAUUGCACUUCCGAUAUUUUCGUUCCGUCAAAGUAAAAUACGCCUUUUUUGAAGAGAAAGUAAAGAUCUCUAAAAUAUUUAUAAAGAAAUAAAAUUUUAUUUGCUCAAAUGAAAGAUUUUAUUGUAAUUUUCGAAAAAUGAAUGUUUAGUUGGUUUGAGGAAGAAGCUCGUGGGUGCUGCAGAUGAUCGACCCGUUUGAACCCUUUUUGCAUUAAAAUCGCCCAUUUCCCUCAAAAAUUGCCUAUAAAAUUCGCUGUUUUACAUACAUAUUUUGUCAUCAUACAGCUACAGGAGAGGAUUUGGCAAUUGCACAAUAAAUUUAUUCGGGUUUCAAUUUUUUUUCAUUUUUUUCCUUUUUUAUUGCGAAUUCGAUUUUUUUUUGCAAUUUCAUUACAGUCUCCCCAUCUCAGUCUUCCCUCAGACCUUGGUAAUAUCUUCACAGGAUGUUCAAAGGGAUCAGCAAACGGCUCAGUUCAAAGAAAGAGCCCUCCUCAUGCCAUAGCUGUCAUGGAAAACGCGACAGGAAUAUUUGUUUCGCGACUCCAGAGGAGGCAACGAAACAGCCGCCAGAAGAAUACAUCUUUGUCAAUUGCAUCAACACCAGGCAAGUCAAAGACAAUGAGAAGAAGCCGCCUGAUGCCCUCAUGACGGUGGAUGUGAACCCACAAAGCAAAACAUACGGCCAGGCAAGUUUAGAAGAGAUCGUAAUGUGUGAAUUUGACACUUUGCAGGUUAUCUCCACACUCAAGAUGCAGGGCCCCGACGACGAAUUGCAUCACUCGGGCUGGAAUGCCUGUGCUGGCUGUAUCCAUGACCAGUCUGCGUGCCGAACUCAUCUGUUGCUACCGACCCUACGAUCCAACAAGAUCUAUGUCAUCGAAACUGCUGAUCCCAAAAACCUCACAAUCCACAAAGUAACCCACAGUAUACUAUGCAUAGUGUACUGUUUACAGCCCCAUACUGUCUCCUUUCGUUAUUUUUAGACAAUUUCCCAAGCGGAACUGGCCAAGCUUGAUGUGACCUUUCCCCAUACCACUCAUUGUCUGCCCACUGGCGAUGUCAUGAUCAGCACGUUGGGCGACAAAAAUGGAAAUCCAAAAUGUAAUAUGUCGUAAAAGCGAUUUCUAAACUAACAGGGGAAGUACUCCAAGUGCGACGCUCAGAUUUUCUUUAAAUUUUGCACACACGUCGGGUAUGGACUAAAUAUCAAUUCCUGAAAGGUUUAGCUCGCGCUUUGCAAGCGCCGCCGAGAUAUCGACCGAUUUUCUCUGCCGAGAGAGCACGCUAAACGUGGAGAGCGGUCAGAGAGAAAAAAAUUUUUGGCGAUAACUUUGGCAGUUUCGUGAGGAAAAAUUUGAUUUUUUGUAUAAACAUUAUCCUUUACGGUAGAAAUAGGCAUGAAACUUUUCGUGCCGAAAUUCGGCAAAAAGUCCUAAAUUUUUGUCGACUUUCGAUCUUAAAAUCUCGGUUGUUUCUGCAAAGCGCGAGCUAGGAUUCUCGUAUAUAUCUUUAAGAAAAUUAUUCUAAAUUUGUGCCAAGUUCCAUCAAAAUCUGAGCGUCGCACUUGGAGUACUUUCCUUGUAAAAUUGAUUUCAGGCGAUAUGAUUCUCUUGGACAGCAAGACCUUCGAAGUGAAGAGAAGCUGGCCAAAGCCCCCUACAAACAAUAUAAGCCCACCUCAGUUCGGAUACGACUUUUGGUACCAGCCCAAGUUCAACGUUCUGUUGUCCUCUGAAUGGGGGUCGCCGAAUGCGAUCAUAAAAGGCUUCAAUCCAGAAGACAUUAAGAAAGGUACGAAAACAGGGUUAUCUGGUACCAUAGAACAGUACAUUUAAAAGAUAUAAUUUACAGGAAAAUACGGCAAAUCGGUUCAUAUGUGGAACUUUGAGACCGGAGAGCUCCUUCAAAACAUUCCAUUUGACGAUGCAACCGGCUUCUUGCCUCUGGAAGUCCGCUUCAAACAUGCAGUAAAUGACAGUAAUGCUUUCAUCGGAACGGCUCUAGGAUCCGCAAUUUAUCAUGUUUACAAGGAAGACGGUGAUGAUGUAAGUGUUAUAUUUUAUCAGCAUUUUUUGUGGGCUUCUUUAUUACAGACUUGGAAAUCGCGAUGCGCUUAUUCCUUUGAGCCACUUGUAUUCCACGAAAAGACGAUUCCCGCCUUGGUGACUGACAUCCUCAUAUCGAUGGACGAUCGUUUCCUCUACGUUUCCUUGUGGUUCCAGGGGGAAAUACAAAAAUUAGAUAUUUCCGAUCCAUUCAACAUCCGUCCGGUUGGAACUGUUUCCAUUUCUGGCCUGAUUGGAACUCCAUUGGUUGUGAAAAGCGUAGUAAUUCAAGGGGGUCCACAAAUGUUGCAAUUGAGCCUGGAUGGGAAGAGAUUGUAUGUGACGAAUUCAUUGUUCUCCAUUUGGGACAAACAAUUCUAUCCAAAUUUGCCCAAGUAAGUGACCAUUCUCAUUGUCAAUCCAUCCAUAAUUUUUUGCUAUUUUUAUUAGGGUGAACCAAAAGUUUUUUCCGAUUUUUUAUUAAAAAUUUAAACAUAAUUUUACAAAAAAUGAAAACCAGUUAAGUUUCAAAGUAAAGGCCAUUUGAAUCAAUGGCUUGAACCCAUCUAUGUAUCAUAAAAGUUUUGGUUCACACUAUUAAUUCUAGAAACGGUGGGCAGAUGCUGAAGAUAAAUACGGACGACAUGAGUGUCGACCCCAACUUUGUGGUGGAUUUUGGAGACCCCUUACGUUUCUCGGAAGGUCCCUAUUGUCCCCAUGAAAUGAGGUACCCCGGAGGAGAUUGCACUUCCGAUAUUUUUGUUCCUCCAAAGUAA